UCAUCUCUCUCUCUCUAUAGUCCAUUCCGCUUGUGCCAUUUGUACGAAUCUGUGAAUAAGCCACUCCUUUAAACAGUACUCUUCUGGAGGAACGGAAGUCUCUUUUUCUUUCUCGUUCGUCAAACGUACCACAGAACAGAAAAAUGGCAGAAGCUGCCCUUAAAACCCAGGACUCGCUCAGCUGUCCGAUCUGUCUGGAUCUACUGAAGGAUCCAGUGACUAUUCCCUGUGGACACAAUUUCUGUAUGGGCUGUAUUAAGGACUGCUGGGCUGGAGAUGAUCAAAGGAAGGUCUACAGCUGCCCUCAGUGCAGACACACCUUCACUCCAAGGCCUGUUCUCAACAAGAACACCAUGCUGGCUGAACUAGCUGAGGGUCUGAGGAAGACGAGGCUCCAAGCUGCUCCUCCUGCUGCUGAUUCUCCUGCUGGAUCUGGAGGUGUGGAGUGUGACUUCUGCACUGGAACAAAACACACGGCUGUUAAGUCCUGUCUGAUGUGUCUGCUCUCCUUCUGUGAAGCUCAUAUUCAGCCUCAUUAUGAAAUUCCUGCCUAUAAGAAGCACAAGCUGGUCGAUGCCACUGUGGGCCUCGAGGAGAAGAUCUGCUCUCAACAUGAUAAACUGUUUGAGAUAUUCUGUCGCUCUGAUCAGACCCUUCUGUGCUACUUGUGUACAAUGGAUGAACACAAAGGCCAUGAUACCAUAUCAGCCGCUGCAGAAAGAGCUGAGGAACAGAAGCAGUUGGUGGAGUCUCAGAGGGAAAUUCACGAGAGAAUCCAGCAGAGAGAGAAGAAAGUACAGGAGCUGAGACAGGCUCUGGACACUCUUAAGCGCUCUGCACAGGCAGCAGUGGAGGACAGUGAGAAGAUCUUUACUGAACUGAUUCAGUCCAUGGACAGAAGACGCUCUGAGGUGAAAGAGCUGAUCAGAGCUCAGGAGAAGGCUGAACUGAGCCUGGCUGAAGAUCUCCUGAAGAAACUGGAGCAGGAGAUUGCUGAUCUGAGGAGCCGAGACGCUGAGCUUAAGCAGCUUUCUCAAACAGAGGAUCACAUCCAGUUUCUCCAGAGUUACCAGUCUCUGUCCAUCCCGUCUGAGACUGCAGACUUGGCCAGCAUCAAUGUUGAUCCACACUUCUCUUUUGAGGAUAUAAGAAAAGCAAUGGCUGAUAUGAGAGAAAAAGUAGAAGGGAUCUAUGAGAAAGAAGUGAAAAGGAUAUCUAAAGUGACUAAAAUCCAGACUGUUCUGAUUCCUGAUCCUAAGACUCGAGAGGAGUUAUUACUAUAUGCCUGUGAUCUCACCAUGGAUCCAAACACAGUGUGCAGAUACCUUCAUAUGUUCGAGAGCAACAAUACGGUGACACACUGCAUGGGUACAAAAAAUCUCCAGCCACAUCCUGAUCAUCCUGAGAGAUUUUUUUUGUGUGGACAAGUUCUGUGUAAGGAAAGUCUUUCUGGACGUUGUUAUUGGGAAGCAGAGUGGGGAGGUAGUGAUGAUGGUACUGUGGCGGUAGCAUAUAAAGGCAUCAGUAGGCAGGAAUGUAACCUAAAAUACUUUGGAGGCAGUGAUCAAUCCUGGUCUUUUAUGUGCACACAUUACUAUGGCUCCUUCAAGCAUAAUUGCAGAGAGACUCGUAUCUCCAUAUCCCCCAGCUCUAAAAAAGUAGGUGUGUAUUUGGACUACAAAGCAGGAACUUUGGCUUUCUACAGUGUUUCUGACACAGUGACCCUCCUCCACAAAAUUCAGACCACAUUCACUGAACCCCUUUAUCCUGGGCUUACCGCUCGUCUGCAGGGCAGUUGGAUUCGGAUUUGUGACCUUCACUGAAAAAGAAAAAGAGAUUGUGUGGGGAAAAUUUGGUGUCAGUGUAAGUGAAUUAUGGACCUGGAGGAUCAGAGUCUAGAACAGUGUGGUGAUUUCCAGACAAAACCUCUAAAUCUGGCAAUUAAUGAUGAGUGGUACCAGGUGGAAUUGAGCUGAGAAAUCACCAAACUGCGUUGUAUCAGGUUGGAAAUGGUCCUGUAUAUAAUUGAUCUGCCUAUUAUUUACCAGUGAUUUGUUUCUUCAACAUUUAAUCACGGUUACAUGUAUUUUCCCAAAGCAGAUCCUCCUUCAGUUUUUUAUUACUCCAUAGUGUCCCUUUAUAUGAAGUCUUACUUCAAAUCUCUUAAACAGAAUAACAUGGGCAGUGGCCACAUGCAAAAAUAUGCAAUGCGCAGCAUGAUGUUUGCCACAUCUUGAAAUGUUUUGUAAAGGACAUGUGCAUAAAUAAAAAUUAUACUUAAUUCA